AUGGGAUCAGGUUCAAAGAAAGAGACCAUCUCCCGUCGACCAGUAUCACCCGCUGUGUCGAGCAAGAGACCAUCUCCCGUCGACCAGUAUCACCCGCUGUGUCGAGCAAGAGACCAUCUCCCAGCGACCAGUAUCACCCGCUGUGUCGAGCAAGAGACCAUCUCCCGUCGACCAGUAUCACCCGCUGUGUCGAGCAAGAGACCAUCUCCCGUCGACCAGUAUCACCCGCUGUGUCGAGCAAGAGACCAUCUCCCGUCGACCAGUUUCACCCGCUGUGUCGAGCAAGAGACCAUCUCCCGUCGACCAGUAUCACCCGCUGUGUCGAGCAAGAGACCAUCUCCCGUCGACCAGUUUCACCCGCUGUGUCGAGCAAGAGACCAUCUCCCGUCGACCAGUAUCACCCGCUGUGUCGAGCAAGAGACCAUCUCCCGUCGACCAGUUUCACCCGCUGUGUCGAGCAAGAGACCAUCUCCCGUCGACCAGUCUCACCCGCUGUGUCGAGCAAGAGACCAUCUCCCGUCGACCAGUUUCACCCGCUGUGUCGAGCAAGAGACCAUCUCCCGUCGACCAGUUUCACCCGCUGUGUCGAGCAACGAUGGAGCAAACGGAAAACAUCUUAGACAAUCCACUAUAAUUGUACUACGCUAA